CCAAGUCGUGACGUAUCUGCAAAACAAACAUGAUGGCGGCAACGGGAGCGUCUUACUUCUGGAGCGACGAAGAAACUGAGUUGUGUCUUUCGUUAAUAAACGCAUUAAAUAUAAUUGGAAGUUUAGAUGGAAGGAAGCAUCGAAAUGCUGACGUGUUGAAGUCUGUGGUGGCUACAGGACGCCGGUUUCCCAACUCGUACGAUGGAGCAAGUCAGGUUCCGUUACACAAAAACGAAGAAGCAUUAUUACGAUACCAGUCACGACUGCGUAUCUUCACUCUUUGCGACCUACGCGGUGAAAGGCUGACACAAGUCAGAGUUGAAUUAUUUCCCAGCUGGAGAUCAGACACCAGGAGAGGAGUGAUGGCCACGUCUGAACCGAGAGCCAGCGGCGGGGACCAGGACCCCAACUCUGCUAAUUUAAGACCUCCGACCACAACAAACGAUUACGCGUGGAUGCACGGAUGCACACGGAAACUGGGGAUGAAGAUCUGUGGGUUCCUGCAGAAGAACAACAGCCUGGAUGAGAAGGGGAGGCUCGCGGGGCAGAAGAACCUGCUCUCGUGCGACAACAGUGACAGAGACGCGCGCUUCCGCCUCACCGAGACCGACUUCUCCAACCUGUUCGCUAGAGACCUGCUGCCAGCCAAAAAUGGAGAGGAGCCCACCAUACAAUUUCUGCUGGAGAUUGUUGAAAUCCUCACCAACUAUGUGAAGAAGACCUUUGACCGCUCCACUAAGGUGCUGGACUUCCACCAUCCCCACCAGCUUCUGGAGGGUAUGGAGGGCUUCAACCUGGAGCUGUCCGACCAGCCAGAGUCCCUGGAGCAAAUCCUGGUAGACUGUAGGGACACGCUCAAGUACGGGGUACGGACAGGUCACCCACGUUUCUUCAACCAGCUGUCUACUGGUCUGGACAUCAUUGGACUCGCCGGAGAGUGGCUCACCUCCACUGCUAACACCAACAUGUUCACCUACGAGAUCGCUCCAGUGUUUGUGUUGAUGGAGCAGCUGACUCUGAGGAAAAUGAGAGAGAUGAUUGGCUGGCCCGACGGAGAGGGAGACGGUAUCUUUUCACCAGGGGGUGCUAUCUCUAACAUGUACAGUGUGAUGAUUGCACGCUACAAGUACUUCCCUGAGGUCAAGACCAAGGGCAUGUCUGCUGCUCCUCGCCUUGUCCUCUUUACAUCUGAACAUAGCCACUACUCCAUAAAGAAGGCUGGAGCUGCGCUGGGCUUUGGCUCAGAGAAUGUGAUCCUCCUGAGCACAGAUGAGAGAGGGAGAGUCAUUCCUGCAGAUCUGGAGGCCAAGAUCAUUGAUGCCAAACAGAAGGGUUACGUUCCACUGUUUGUGAACGCCACAGCUGGUUCUACAGUGUAUGGUGCGUUUGACCCCAUCAAUGAGAUCGCUGACAUCUGUGAGAAAUACAACCUGUGGCUCCAUGUUGAUGGAGCGUGGGGUGGUGGACUGCUGAUGUCCAGGAAGCAUCGCCACAAGCUCAAUGGAGUGGAGAGGGCGAACUCUGUUACGUGGAACCCUCACAAGAUGAUGGGCGUCCCACUUCAGUGCUCUGCCAUCCUGGUCAGAGAGAAGGGAAUCCUGGCAGGCUGUAACUCCAUGUGUGCAGGUUACCUCUUCCAACCAGACAAACAGUACGAUGUCACAUACGACACAGGGGACAAAGCGAUCCAAUGUGGCAGACACGUCGACAUCUUUAAGUUCUGGCUCAUGUGGAAGGCUAAGGGCACCAUCGGGUUUGAACAGCACAUUGACAAGUGUUUGGACCUGUCCCAGUACCUCUACAACAAGAUCAAGAACAGGGAGGGAUAUCAGAUGGUGUUCGAUGGAGUGCCUCAGCACACCAAUGUUUGUUUCUGGUAUAUCCCGCCCGGCCUGAGAGGAAUGCCUGAGGGUGAUGAACGGCGAGAAAAACUCCACAGGGUAGCGCCAAAGAUCAAGGCCAUGAUGAUGGAGUCCGGGACCACCAUGGUGGGCUACCAGCCACAGGGUACUAAAGUCAACUUCUUCCGUAUGGUCAUCUCCAACCCUGCUGCCACUCAGUCUGACAUCGACUUCCUUAUUGAUGAGAUUGAAAGGCUGGGUCAAGACCUGUAGAGGUCUCCACCAGCGCCACUCUAGUGGUCAGAAGGUGAAACUAUGAGCUACAUCUGAUGUAUUUUUAACAAGGUGAAACACUCACAGUGCUGCAGACAGAGUAACGACAGGACGUAGGUUCUUUACAUCCCGUCUAUCUUUACCUGAAGCAUCCUGACUGUUUUUCCAACGGAAGAGAGAGAAACAGAGAGAGAGAGACACUGUGAGUUCAGUACUCGCUCGUCCUGCAUAGUUCCUCCUAUAGACCAAGUAUAUAUAAAAAUAAGUAUCUGAAUGCUCCAGGUACAACAAACACACUCUGAUGUAUGUGUGUGUUGUAAUGUGUGUGUGAUCUAGUUUCUCGUCCAAUGUAGUUUGUCUGUUAAUGUGUGUGUGUGUGUAGUGUGUGUGUGUGUGUGUGUGUGUGUGUGUGUGUGUGUGUGUGUGUGUGUGCUUGUGUGGGUUUUUGAACAAACACUAAUAGGGAGAAAAGCACAGAUUCAUAGUAUAAAAAAAUCAUUAUAAAACUAUUCUUUGAUAUACUGGUAUGGAUUGGAUAUAACUCCUUAGCUAGCGAAAGAAUUGUGUCUGAGGGAGACUGAAAUCAUUCCUGAGUGAAGACAAAGAUUCAAGAAUCAGCCUAAUACGAUACUAUUUAAAUUGUAUCCUUUAAAGAAGAAAAUUCUAAUAUAUAUAUAUGAUCAGAUGUUCAUUAACAUUCCUAGUUUUAAAAACUACCUGGUGUGAAGAUUUUAGGUCCUGUCUCGAUGAUAGGAUGUGGAGAGAGAUUUUAUUGAGGGGAAAAAAAGAACAUGUUCUAACAAACCUGAUGAGACCCGCAGUAGGAUAAUCCAUAGUGACCCCAGUUAUUGGAUGUAAAUAUGACCCUAUGUGCUCAUCAAUACAGCUGUGGCACUUAUGACCAUCUUCUGCAGCCAUGUCCUAAAUUGACAAAUUUCUGUCUGUAAAUCCGAAGUGAGAUCAAGAAAAUAUUUGGGUUUGAUAUCCUUCUGGGGCUGGACUUCUGUUGUGACUGUAGCUACAGCUACAUUCUUAGAGUUACCUGGUACGCUGCACGCCUCACAGUGUUACAGAAAUGGUUCGACAAAGAGCCCUGUGAUGUCACAGUGUGAUAUGAACAACGUAUGUCCAUCUCGCCAUUGCAGAGAUUAUCACAUUGGAGGUUUUUCAUGAGGUCCUCAUUAGCAAUACUCCUGAAAGAAGAAUGGUUUAGUGUAACGUGUUUGGGGAUAUCAAAUAUAACUGAAUAAUAUAUGAAAGAUUUUAUUUUGCGAUAUUUGCUAGAUGUGAUUACUGCUAUUGCUAGCUGGUUGUUUUUGUUUGUUUGUUUUCAUGUGUUUGGCUCUGUUCCUGUUUGUGGUUUUCAAUGUUUCUUGAACUAAUUUGUGGGUCCUUGUAACACAUUAUUAUGAUUGAAAUAUACAUUUAAAAGAUAAAAUACAACUAUUCUGCUCUAUCAUAUAUUUGCUUCACAAAAUUGAAUGACUGGUGCUUUCAGCUGUAUAUUAUAUUUAAUCUCAGUGCACAUAAGCCGUGUACAUGUCCCAUAAACUGUGUGUGCGUGUGUGCGCGCGCGUGUGUGUGUGUGUGUGUGCGCAUGUGGCACACUGAGUGUAUCUGUUGUGUAUUCUAGGCUAACAGUGUGAUGAAAUAAGCUUAUUAUGACCUAAUGUGCACAGCAUAGGUAGCAAAUGUAUCAAGCUGAGAGGUGCAAGAUAACCUGUCAGAAAAGUCUGCAAUAUUUCCUCGUAGAAGAUUUAGAUUAAGAUUAAAAAUGUCAGCAGCUUUCCCGAGUCUGUGACGACUUUGAACGUGUAAAACGCUGGCUCGUUGUCUGUUUCAUGCAAUCAUGUGAUACCCAUGUGUGUCUAUAAACAUUGUUAAGAUAUUUGAUUAUAUAAGAUAUUUAUUGAAUUUCCACUGUUUGCAGAUUCAGGUAUUUUAUUGUAAAUGUAUCUCUAUGUGUAUUACACAGUAAUACAUUUGUAAAUUUAAUUAAAGGACGUUUAUUUAUAGUGAUUUUGUCAGCCAAAGAAAGAGAACAAUCCAUCGUCCUUCAUAUAGAACUUCAUAUAGAUUAUAGGUGUUUGUAAAAUGUGACCUAUUGACCCUCGACUGCAAUGCAAAUUUCUAUCGUGUUUUCUUUCUGUGAUUGUGAGUCUUUCUGACUGAAUGUUUAGAGACGGCUGACUGACUGGCCUUCUGAUGAGAUUAAGAAUGAAGUCUGUGUAAUCCUCUGGCAGCCGUGCCGGUUCCUUUAUUUUAAAGAAGAGCACAAGGAUGUGAGAAUGUACUCUCUUCUCGAGACUGUGAAGAAAGGGUUGUUGUAUCUGUUUAAAUCCUGAUGCAUUUACUGUAAUAUAAUAUAUUAACUGUUCUACAUAUUACCUGUAUUCUCAAUGUUAUGGGAGCUCGAUGGAAUAUCUUGUAUCCAGAGUUCCUGUUUGUGUCUUUGCACAAUGUUCACCUUUCUUUCUUCCAUUGUAAAUGGAUGUGUACCAUGGCAGUAGAAUAUAAGACUUAUAUUAACAAAGUAUUUAUGGUAUCUUGGGACCAUAUGUGAAUGGCACAGUUGUAUAAAUCAUAUUUAAGGUAACCUGUGUACUGUACGUGGCCAAUGACUCCUGUAUGUGAACAAUCUCGGUUUUUGAUGAAGCCAGCUGUAAGGGAACGAUUUUCAGUCGGCACUUUAACAGAAUCAACUGGAGAAAAAAAAUCUUUAAAUAAAGUUUAUUAAAGGGAGAAA